AGCAGGAUCUUCGUUCACGGCUUUGCAGUUUAUUUAGUUUGAUUUACAGCUUCUGGCUACUUUCGCGGAUUCUGCAUUUAGCGCUGUUUGGAGUUUUCGAAAUUUGAAGCAACUGACAACUCGAAGCUGAAUGAGUCAGAUUUUUGGAUCCCUGCUUGCAUCCCAUAGGGAAGAUGAAGGAUGGAAAGCCAUCUGUCAAAUAAAAGAGAAGGAUGGUAAAACUGUUGGCUGUGGAUGUUUGGUUUAUGACCCACAGAUAAAUAACGCUGAGCUGAGCAAGUACUGUAUCAUUUCAAGUAGCAAAGUCAUUCUACAUGAGAAUUUACCUGAAUAUCAUAUCCUCUUUGAAAGGGUAUCAAACUCUGAAAAUCCACGUGAUAUUCUACUGAAUGACAUUAUCAAGAAAGAUUUCAUUCUUGGUUCUGGGUUGGUCUUGAUAUUCAUCGAUGGGGCCACAUCCCCACAACUUCAUCAUCGUGGAGGUAUUUUGCAAAGAGAAUGCAGUGUUUUAAAACGUCUCCCUGAGAUAUCCUCACCUCAUAAAGGAAUAGAAAAGUUCUUUUAUAUUGGAAGAGAAUGCCACAAAUAUGAUGAAAAAAGCGGGAUUGAUGCUCCUGAGAAAGCAGGAUCAGUUGCUAAUGGUUGUGUUCUUUUUGAAAGAAAUCCAGAGAGUAAGAAGUUAAAUGUAGUUGGAGUAAUCAAUUGCUUUAAUAGUGGACAGGAGGAUAUUUCUCCUCUUUGACUGACAUCAUCAAGCUUAGAAGAAAUCAUAGGUGAGUUCUUAGCUGUAGAAUGCAUAAUGAUACAAGGAAAUUAACUAAAGAUGAUUUACAAUUCCGGGCAUUACCGUGUAGUUGUUUUUAAUGAUUGAGGUAAAAUUUUGUGAAUAGUCCCACACAGGUUCUUUGUAGAU